UUUGACACUCGUUUCGUCGUUCAACUGUCGUUUACGCUCGCAUUAAUACAAGGUCUCGUCUUUCCAACAAACCGACAAAAUGAAGUUCUCCCAAGCCGUCGUUGCCCUGGCUGCUGCCACCGUCGUCUCUGCUCAGCUCCCAGACGUCCCACCAUGCUCCCUGAGCUGCUUCGUUGAUGCUCUCGGAAGCGAUGGCUGCAGUGACUUGACCGACUUCAAGUGCCACUGCUCGAAGGCAGAGCUCCCAUCUAAGAUCACCCCUUGCGUCAAGGCCGCUUGCCCUGUGGAAGACCAGAUCAAGGUCUCCAACGCUGUGGUUGACCAGUGCUCCAAGGCUGGCAACCCCAUCUCCAUCCCCCCAGUCGGAGAGUCCUCUUCCGAGCCAGCUGAGUCCUCCACCGAAGCUCCAACUGCCUCUCCAACCGAGUCCGAGAGCACCCCAGCUCCCAGCACCACUGCUGCUCCAACUGGCACUGGCUCCCCAUCCGGCACCGGCGCUCCAGGUGGCCCAUCUGGCACUGGCACCUUCACCAACACUGGUGUCCCAACCCAGUCCACUCCCAUCUACACCGGUGCUGCAUCCGGCCUUACCGCCAACGUUGGUGGUAUGGGAGCUGCCCUCCUCGCCCUCGCUGCCUACUUGUAAACAAUGUGACCCAAACCUAUGUCAAUUAAUAAUUAAU